AUGCGGAAAGUUCGGGAAACUAAAAAUUUAGUUUAUGCUAACGACACUGUUGAAGAUAUUAAUGUUGAACCUUUAGACGAAUACCAAAUUGAUUAUGCCAAUAUACUUGAUUUUUAUAAAGGUUUGCAAGAUGCUAUAUCGAAAAAUCUAAUUAUUGCUGAUAAAUCAGUGUUGUCGGCUCGGAUUCUUGCCAUUAAUGCUUCUACGGGAUCAUUAGUUAAUUGCGCCUGGUGGCAAAAACAAGGACUGGAUAUCGGCGGACCCAAGAAGAUAUCAGAUACCGGUAUGGAAGUUGGAAACAGACCCAAUACCGAGUAUCCUUGGUAA